AUGGGGCAAAAUCAAGAGAUUAUCAAACAACCUACAAAAGAUGAAGUAAAACAAGCAGUCUAUGGGCUCAAUGGGGAGAGUGCACGAGGUCAUAAUGGCAUCAAUGGUUUCUUCGUCCAAGCUGGUUGGGAUAUCAUUGGGGAUGAUGUUUUUGAUAUGGUGAAGGAUUUCUUUAAUGAUCGGGGGCUGCCUAGAUUCGUCACUCAUACAAAUUUAGUUUUAUUGCCAAAAAAGAAAGAGGUUACUACCUUUUCUGAUAUGAGGCCCAUUAUUCUAAGUAAUUUUAUUAACAAGGUAUUUUCUAGAGUCAUUCAUGAAAGGUUAGUUGAUUUGCUUCCUAAUUUAAUAUCUGAUGAGCAAGCUGGAUUUGUCAAGGGUAGAAGUAUUGUGGAGAAUAUCAUAUUGAUUCAAAAGAUUAUCACUGAUAUUAGAUUGAGAAUCAAGACAAGACCUAAUAUAGUGAUCAAGAUAGAUAUGACUGAAGUUGAGUCUGUGGAGAGGCCCUUGGCUAUGGAUGUUGAGGCCUUGGCCAAUAGAUUUGUGAGGUGCAGCGUCACGCUUGCAAAUCAAGAGGCGCACAAGAGAGGAGGAGCUGGAAGCUGGGUGACCACUUCUGCGAAGGUUGUUGUACAAAGGCAGAUGCAUAGAAGCGAAGAUAGGGAACCGCAGAUGCGCACUCGCAAAAGGAAGAAAGGGACCGUAAAAGCGGUCAAGAAGGAAGCUGGCAGAGGUCUCAGGUGCGAGGUCCUUUCCGCACCUGCGUGUCCGCAGAUGUGGGUGUUGGAUCGCAGAAGCGCAUGGGCGCUUGGUGAGGCAACUUCGCAGAAGCGUGUCCGCAGAAGCUGA